AUUAGAGCGAUUAUUUUGUAGGUUGGAUGAGUUCCUUUUAUUGGGAAUGAGUAUCUCUUCUACGGCUCAUUCUUCAAGUGGUGAGCUAUCGGGAAAGUCUGAGUUUGGGGCUAUAGGUGUGUCUCUUGAGACCUUGGAUAGCAAGAAAAUUCAGAAACAUACUGUCGAGUCAAGCUGGAGGAGAAGAGUUCAUAACCAACAUGACGUGGAGAGAAUUUCUGUCAAUAGCUUGAAAAUUGUGCCGCAAAGAGUUUUUUGCUUUGAGAAGUUCACUCGAGAAUUUCAGGACGGUGAAGAUUCGUCGCUUUGGCUAUUUACGGAGAGAAACAUACAACUUUAUGGUUUAGACGGCUCCGAUUGUCGAUACUCUAUCCCGUUACCGGAUAGCGAUAUAAGCUAUGUGAAACCUUUUUAUUUUUCAAGUGGUAGUAUUCAAGUUCCGUUGUGGAUAAGAGGUAUUAUGGCAAUUGGGUUAAAGAAUGGGGACUGUGUACUUUAUGAUGGUUAUACCGGGACUUGUCUGCAAACAUUGUCUCCGCCCACGAAGUUGUCAAACAAAGUUGGCGUUAGUGUAUUAGGGUAUAGCGGGCCUAGUAUUUGUCCUGAUUUGAAUCUUAGAGACCAAGAACAAGCUGAUUUCUUGUUGAUUGGCUUCAAAAAUAAUAGUUUUGCAGAAUGGCAACUCGAUUGGAAAAUACAAACUCCGUGCUCGAGCGAAAUCUUAUAUAAGGAAUGGUCUAUUUCAUACAAUUCGUGUUCGAAAGAUGCACAUUAUUUAUCGUAUCUUCGACUGUGGAUUAUCUUAAUAGAUAGAGACAUUUUAUUUAUGGACGAACAAGGAAGCGUUAUUUACUGUUUCUCUAUGAAAUAUGAUGUUUCAAAGCUUUUGGUAAUGGAUCCUGUAUUUCUAUCGGAGCAAAAAGAUAGAAAAAUACUUAUCCUAACAAUAAGUGAAGAAGGCUUCUUACAGUAUUCGGAGUUACAUUACUUGGCAACCGAAAGUCUUCGUUUGGAACCACUAGACUCAUCGUUUCUUUCAUUCAAGGAUUGUAUGAAGAUUUGUUGCUUUUCUCAAUUGUGUUGUAAUUACUUUAUUUUGGGUUCAUCUGAUGGCAGUUUGUCAUUAUUUCAAUGGAAUCAGACCAGUUUAGGUAGUAUUAUGCCAGUAUGUCUUCAUAAGAAGGUCAUUCAUUCUGAAAAGUUUGAUUUUAUUUCUUGUAAGAGAGAAAACGAUGGUUUUAUCAUCAGAACCUAUUGCCCAGUAGAUAACCAACUUAUUACUGCUUCUAUUGUAGUCAAGCACAAACCUGAAUGUCGUUGCCUUUUGACAUUAACAAAUCCUGGAUGUCACAGGAGCGAUUCUUCCAAUUGUGAAGAAAAGUUUUAUAUUCCAUCGUAUAAACAAGAUGUUGAAAAUGAAGAGUCAUAUCACAGAUCUGCCAUUGCGUUUUCUAGUAAAAUGGAGCGACUUCCAGAAUUGUCGAAUAUUACUGAAGAAAUGAAACAGUUGCCAUUACUUAGUCAUGACCAAAAUGAGAAUAACGUUGUAUAUCCCUCAAGCAAUAAGCAGAUGUCAUGUUGUCUAACAGAAGCAGAACAACGUCUUCAGCUUUUACAAACUGAAUACGAAUACGAGAAGAAAAUUCACCAAAGAUUGAGAGACGAACUUUUAAAUAGAGCUCUAGAAGCGGAAGAGCAAGUAGAGCGACUAGAGGCAAAAUUGAAAGAAAUGCAACGUAUGAAACGACAUCAAAACGAAGGCUUGAAGGAAGAAAAUUUUUUAUCGCAAUCGGUAACAUCCAAUCAGGAUCUUGACAGGGAAAGGUUGGCAUUAUUAGAGAAACAGCUCCAAGAAGCUUUAGAUUCGAAACAGUUGUUAAUGGUACAAGCCAAAGAAGACAUCAACUAUCUUCAAAAUCGUGUGGAAGCGUUGGACGCAGUGUUGUUAAGCACCCAACGGGAUUCGGAAGACUUUAUUUCAACAACUGUGGAAAUGAAUGAGCGUAUCGCUGAAGCACUGGAUGGUUUAACAGACGAAGCUUUUGACCAACUUGGAGGGUUUGAGGAGGUAUUUCGCCAAUGGAUGACAACUGUUCGAGAAAAGCUCCAUCGUCAAAGAAAAAGAACGGAAGAAAUCAAAGAGGAAAUUCAUACCCUACAGAAUAUGUUUCGCGUGAUUGAUCAUUCAGCCACGAAUUUGACUCAAUAUGAGAAGACAAUGCAGGAAGAAAGUUCUCCCACUACGGAUGUCGCAGACGCCACUCCAAGAAGCCGUUUGUUGUUGCAUCAGGUAAAAGUUGCUCUCCAGCAUCGAAUAAUGCAGUUAGAAGAACAAUUGAGACAGUUGACAGAUUACCAAAGCAAAGAAAAUGAUACGAAAACAAUAUCUACCGUUGAAGAAUUACAAGUUCACUUGCAACAAGCAGAACAAAGAAUUCAUCAACUGGAAGAAGAGAAGGAACAGAUAGCCAUGGCACAUGAUCGUUUGUUGGAAGAUAAUGCAGCAUUGGAAACUGAAAAUGAACGUCUGCAGCUUCAGUUGAGAAGAGCUGUAGAAGCGGCAUCUUAUUAUAGUGGUAGAGAUACUGUCUCCUCUCCUUUAGAACCCACUACGCCGCGAGAAGAUCAUGCAAGCACUUCUUCCAAAAACUAGUUGUAUAUAUAUAUAUGUAUUUAUCUGUUACAUAAUCAAUCCAGUGUUCAUGAAAAACAAUUCUAUAUGUUUCCUUUCACACUUGUUGCGAAAAAACGAGUCAUUUUUAAUCUAUA